UUUUUAAAAAUGAUCUACUACUCGUGACACCUCUUGUCAAAAAUUUAGAAGCUUUUAUGAUUAUAUUUGUCCCGCCCAAAUUUUUGUUUGCAGUUUACUUCACACUGUAAAUCAGUUUGAGGUUAAAUUGAAAGCAGUGUUGUUCAUGUUAUUUUUUGUUCCUAUUCAUAAGCUUUUUUUACAUUUGGUUUUUUAAAAAGAAGAUGAGUAAAGUAAGAAACAAGAAAAUAACAAAACGGGAAUACUGUCGAUGGACCUCAGAAGAUAUGGAUCAUGCGAUUAAUGCAUACAAACAAAACCAGUGUAGUUUUAAUGAGUGCUGCAGACAUUAUAACAUUCCAAAGCCCACUUUUAGAAGGCACUUGGGCUCUUUAAAUAAAAAGGCAAAUGAAAAUGUUCAGUCUUUGGGUCGACACACAACUUUUAGCCCUGAAAUUGAAAUGAAAUUGGCAAAAAAUAUUUUAAAGCUGGAAGAAAGACUUUUUGGUGUAACAAUUUGAGGUGUUCGACGAUUGGCUUUUCAAACAGC